CGGCCGAGCUUGAGGCAGUCACUCCGGGCCUCUCCGUCGCCUCCUCCUGCUCCUCCUCCUCCCGAGAAAGCCGCCUUCACCUCGGAGACCCGACGAGGAGGGCAUCUAAAGGCAGGAGAGCCAGCCAGCCAGCCCCGAAGAAGUUUACCCAGAGCGGAACGCCGCCCGUGAAACUUGGGAGGCUUUCUUGCGCCCAUUUCCUUGCCGGGAAGAUCGAGGGCGCGCAUUUGGAACCUCCCGCCACUUGAAUUUUUGCCGGCGGAGCCCUCUCGGCCCGAUCGCCUCCCUCCUCUUCCUCCGCCUCUCUUUCUCCUCCGCAAAGCGUGUCCUCCGCUCCGGCGAUGAGCUCCGAGCAUUUGGUGCACGACCUCGAGAAAGGCGCCCCCGGCAGCAUCGUGGUGGUGCGCGAGUCGGCCGCGCGCAAAGAGGGGGGGCCCUGGAAGUGCCUGAGCAUCUGCUCCUUCCUGCUCUUGAUCGGGGCCACGGUGGUGUUUGCCCUCCUGCAGAGCGGAGUUUUCCAGCAAUUUGGGAUGCAGAACUCCAAAGAAAGUGGACACUCAUUUUCUGAAUCCUCGUUGCCGCAGACAUUGAGUGUACAAGCUGUGAGAUCUGGGAAACCGGCUGCCCACGCCAUCGCCUCCCUGAAUCAUCGUGAUGAAUUGGUCUGGACCACAAACGUGGCACCUUCUGUGUUGGAGAACGGCAUGCGGCUGGACACCAGUGACAACUCGCUCGUGGUCCCUUCCAGCGGACUCUAUUUUGUCUACUCUCAGGUCGUGUUCCACAAAGAAAGCUGCACGAAGCCCGUGCUCCUCACCCACACCAUCUCGUGGCUCUCCGACCAGUUCCAGUCAGAAGUGGAAUUACUGAAAUCCAUUAAGACCGCCUGCGAGGGCGGAAAAGACGCCGAAGGGAAAUCCAAACUCUGGUUUGAGUCGAUUUAUCAAGGAGCCGUCUUCAAGCUGCAUAAAGGAGACCGCCUGUGGUCCAAAACAGAUUCACUUGAAUAUCUGGACUUGACUCGGCAGGGACAGAUCUACUUCGGGGUGAUAGCAAUGUAGGAGCCUUCCAACGGAAUGCUCUCUUGCCUCUUGUUUACAAUGAAUUGUCCCUUAUACAUUGGUCUCCCUCUUCGAAAUACAAACUGUAUUUUCAUCUCGCCCCCCCAUCCUUCUUAUACAAAGAGCUAACGAAAAGAAAAUAUUCUUGCCCCUCCCUCCUGAGAUAGAAAAUUCCUCCUCACAACAUCAAAGAAGAGAAACGUAACCUUGAACUGACAUUGCAGGCAUUGGUGAUAUGGGGGGUUAAUUCUAAUGUUGUUGUUACUGGUAUGAAUGGCUGUUUACCUGAUCUAACUGAUUUAUUUUACUUAUUUAUUUAUUUAUUUAUUUAUUUGUAUUUAUACAGUGAAUAUGGCUGGAAUUCUGAGAAGACUAAGCACAGUUUUUUUUCCAGAUUAAGAUCACAUGUGCGUGAAAAUGUAACGUGCUGUGCACGCAAUAAAAUGUGGGGUUGGAAACGCA